CCCGCCAUGGCGCAGGCCGCGCCCGCGCCCCAUCGCACCCACUCCUUCGCGAAGAAGACCUUCCACAAGCCGACGUACUGCCACCACUGCUCGGACCUGCUGUGGGGCCUCAUCGGGCAGGGCUACGGCUGCGAAGUCUGCAACUUCAUAGUGCACGAGCGAUGCGUGGGGCAAGUGGUGACGCCGUGCUGCGGGGUGGCGCCGAGCCUCAUCAAGAACCCAGUGGCUCACUGCUGGUCAGAGCCCACACACCACAAACGCAAGUUUUGUACGGUGUGCCGGAAGCGGCUCGAUGAAUUACCAGCUCUACAUUGCAUGAUAUGCGAGUACUACGUGCAUGGAGAAUGCGUAGACUUCGCGGCAGCCGACUGCAAGGAGAACGCGACCUACUGCGCGGGCAGCGAGCCGCGCCACGUGCAUCACUGGCGCGAGGGCAACCUGCCUGCGAACAGCAAAUGCUCCGCGUGCCGGCGGGCCUGCUGGUCCGCCGAGUGCCUCACGGGCUACCGCUGCGAGUGGUGCGGCAGUACGUGCCACGCAGGAUGUCGCGCCCUCAUACAGGACGAUUGCAACUUUGGGAUGCUGCAGCCGAUCUUCUUACCACCGUCGGCGGUGUCUAUCCCGCGCACGGAGGUGCCUAUGGAAGCCAUCAUCGGCGUGCACGUGCGGCCGCCGCCGUCUCAGCGGGACUUCGGCUGCCCGCGCGCUGGCGGAUGGGCGCCGGCGCGGCUGGUGACGCUGGCGCGGCGCCUGCUGCCCGCCGCCUGCAGCCCGCACGGUGGCGCGUCGCCCCCCUACUCCAGAGCUCGCAGUGUCAGCGAGGAGUUCAGUUCCGGCUGCGAGGGCCGUUCGGGCUCCGGCGGCGGCUCCACGGGCGCUCCCGCCGACCAGGACCACCGCCCGGACCACAAACAGCAUCGGGACAGGACCCCGGAUGAUCGAGAUGAAGAAGUGGUGAAGGUGUACGACGGCGAGGCAGCUUGGUCUCGGCGGCUUUACCGGCCUGUAGUAGUGGGUCGUAACUGGAAUGAGCGCGAGUUGGUCGCAGCGGCGCUACGUGCCUUCCACGUGGCGCGCGACCCCGACCUGUUCGAUCUCACCGACGCACUGGCCGGUGACGAGCCCCCGCUCAGGGACCCCACGCCCCUCGCGCAUGUUACACGCCUUCCCAACAAGAGACCGGCACUCUUCUUACGAUUCAAAGAACCAGAGAGUGGUGGUGGAGAGGUACGAGUGUACCCGGGGCGGGUAGCGGGCGCUGGCGAGACGUUUGUGACGGUCGGCAUCACCGGCGACGACGCCGUGGCCGACCUGAUGGCCGCCGCGCUCGAACGGUUUGGACUCGACCCCGCGCGGGCCGUGCAUGACUAUCGCUGCUCAGAGAUAUUGCUAGACCGAGGAGUGUCGGAGCGCGUGCUGGAGGAGGACGAGCGGCCGUGGCGCAUCGUGGUGCGGCUGGCGCGCGAGUCGGUGCGCCGCAUGGAGCUGGCGCGCUUCUACCUGCAGCCGCGCCGCGACCCGCACGGGCCCACGCUCGCGCUCUUCGUCGCCUCCUUACCGCCCGGCCUCUCCGAGAGGAACUACGAGAACAUCUUGGUCGAGUUCCUGGGUGCCGAUAACAAGUUCACCUCGAUCGGCCCGAUUUACUACGAGUACGGGUCGAUGGUGAUCACGUAUGAGGACGCGAGCAAAGCGGUGCGCGCGCUUUAUGCGCUCAGAGAGGCCAAAUAUGAAGAUAAGCAUUUAUUGGUGAUGUUGUUGCCGAGCAUCGAGCCUUCGAUGGUGCCGGCGGGCGUGAAGCCUCUGCUGGUGUUCGUUAACGUUAAGUCUGGAGGCUGUCAAGGCCUCGAGCUCAUUUCUUCCUUCCGCAAACUCCUAAACCCCUACCAGGUGUUUGACCUUGAAAAUGGAGGUCCGCUGCCUGGAUUGUACGUGUUUCGUCACAUUCCCAACUACAAGAUCCUAGUUUGCGGUGGCGAUGGCACGAUCGGCUGGGUGCUGCAGUGUCUCGACAACGUCGGCCAGGACUCGCAGUGCUCCAACCCGCCUUGUGCCAUCGUGCCGCUUGGCACUGGCAACGACUUGGCUCGCACCCUCCGCUGGGGCUCCGGCUACACUGGUUGCGAGGACCCUCUGUCGUUGCUGCGUGACGUCAUAGAUGCCGAGGAGAUCCGCCUCGACCGCUGGACUGUUGUCUUCCACCCCGAGGAUAAGCAGGACGAGCCUAAGGAGCUCUCCAAGCAACUACCUGCGUCUGUGACCACAGGAUCACAGAGCGAGGACAACUCGCAGAUCCUCGUGAUGAACAACUACUUCGGCAUCGGGAUAGACGCGGACCUCUGCUUAGAUUUCCAUAAUGCUCGUGAAGAGAAUCCUAAUAAGUUUAAUAGCAGGCUCAGAAACAAAGGUGUGUACGUGAAGAUGGGACUCCGGAAGAUGGUGGGGCGCAAGAUGUGCAAAGACUUGCACAAAGCCAUCCGUCUGGAGGUGGACGGCAAGCUAGUCGAACUGCCACAGCUAGAGGGCAUCAUCAUUUUAAAUAUACUCAGCUGGGGUUCAGGUGCCAAUCCAUGGGGCCCGGAGAAAGACGAUCAGUUCAGCAAGCCCAACCACUGGGAUGGCAUGCUGGAGAUCGUGGGCGUCACCGGCGUCGUACACCUGGGACAGAUCCAGUCUGGCUUGCGAGGCGCCAUGCGGAUAGCGCAGGGUGGCCACAUCAAAAUCAACCUUAAGAGCGAGAUCCCCGUGCAGGUGGACGGCGAGCCGUGGGUGGCGGCGCCUUCCGAGGUGGUGGUGCUCAAGUCUGCGCUCAAGGCCACCAUGCUGAAGAAGCGCGGCAAAGUGCGGCGCCGCAACACGGAGCCCAGCAUGCCGCGCUCGCCGGAGCGGCCCGAGCGGCCCGAGCGGCCCGAGCGGCCCGAGCGCGCCGAGCUGCGCGAGCGGCCCGAGCGGGCCGAGCGGGCCGCCGACUCCUGAAUCUGGCUGAGCGAGCGCCUGAUCUAACGCGCCCGCCCGCCCGGGGCUCAGGGCGGGCGCGCGCGGGCGCUCGCUGCGCCGCGUGGCUGGCCGUCACGCGGGUCGCUGUCCGCCGCACCUCUCGUGUAUAUAAAUUUAAAAUCAAAAUAUAUAAACAUAAAUAUAAAAAGAAUAAAAAUAAUA